CUCGAGUGUCGACACCUCUACUCUCAUGUGUUUUAAACAUUCAAACCAUUUUGGAAAACAAUUAUAUUAUAAAUAAAAGACAAUAUAAUAGUUAGUAUUGAAUACAAAUUGGGAUCAAUUGAUUCAUACCAUUGAUAUAUCAUCACAAGUCAUGGCUUCACAAGACUUUUAUCUUCGCUAUUAUGUCGGACACAAAGGAAAGUUUGGACAUGAAUUUCUCGAGUUUGAGUUCAGACCCGACGGUAAGAUGAGAUACGCCAAUAACUCCAACUACAAGAACGAUACAAUGAUCAGGAAGGAGGCAUUUGUCCACAAAUGUGUGUUGGAUGAGCUCAAGAGGAUCAUCGAUGACUCGGAGAUCAUGCAAGAAGACGACGGCAUUUGGCCACAACCCGAUCGAAUUGGUCGUCAAGAACUGGAGAUUGUGAUCGGCGACCAACACAUUAGUUUCACGACCAGCAAAAUCGGAUCAUUAGUCGAUGUGAACCAAAGCAAAGAUCCCGAAGGUCUUCGAUGUUUCUAUUAUUUGGUUCAAGACUUGAAAUGUUUGGUUUUCUCAUUGAUUGCUCUUCACUUUAAAAUCAAACCGAUUUAA